UGGUGCUUUUUUUUCUUUUCUUUUUUAUCUCUCGAAGUAACUAACUGGAAGAAUCUUCUUGUCUGAGAUGCAGAAUGAAUAUUCAAGUUAGCAGCAUCAGUAGUACCAUAACAAGAACACAGCAAAAAGCAUCAUCAUCAUCUCGAAAACCACCUUUCUGUUCCAGUAGAAAGCCUCAAGAUCCCAAAGAAAAUGGUGACACCAAUGGUGAUAAAUUCUCAACAGACUGGGACAAGGCGUGGUCUAACUUCAGGAAGAAAGGGAAAAAAGCAUUCUUCUCUCAGUUCUCUCCAAACAAGUACGUGACCUGGAAUCCUAAGCGCUCGAACUACCCACUGUCUGAAGAAGUUGAUCCCAUCAAGAGAGCAGAGAGGUCAAACCUCAGGUUAUGGACCAGCCCAGAGUUUACUCUAGUGGGGGCGAUUAUAAUUGUCACGUUUCUUUUGGUUUACACCAUUGUUGUACCAUCUAAGUGAUUCUACUUAAUUCCAGUUACUCUCGUAGAAAGCAGGUGCUGUUCUUUAAGGAUACGAGGGAGGGAGCAGACAGGAAAAUGAGUGUAAGGGAUGGAGAUAUAAAUCAUAACUUGUGAGUAAAUGCCUCCAUCUCCAAUACUUUUUUCUUCUUCUCGAGUGUAAAACUUUCGUAUGUAUUCGAAUUAAGAUAAUUCCAGUCAUUAAUUGGAGAUCAAAAAUGAGAAAUGGGCAGCAAAUGAAUGACAUUGUGAAUCUUUGAUCC